UGGUUUUGGUUGGAAUGGGCUUUGAGACAUCGCACUUACAUGGGUCGAGGCCCACUAAUUAUCAAGCGAAUGCUCUCAGGAGAGAGAGAGAGAGAGACGAAAGGGGAAUUGCUCCGGCGACCGGGAAGGAAGAGGGAGCGGAGACGGGACGGGAUGGACGGAGCCAAGCCCGCGGCGGCGGCGGGUGGAAAGCUGGAGCUGGAAGAGGCGCUGCUCCAGAUCGUGCAUCAGCACCACCAGCAAUCCCUCCGCCAACGCCAACAAACUGAGAGAGCAAAGAAGGAUGCUUUGAGAAGCGCGGUGCGAGUCGCCGAUCUCCUCGUGGACACGGUCGACGGCGGGGUGCAGGAGCUCUUCGUCAACGAGAAGCGCAUUGAGCUUGAAGCACGCACGCUGCUCGGUACUAUCGCGCGGUACAGGAAGCAGACUGAUCAGUGGCUGGCUGCCACCAACGAAAUCAACUCAGUCUUGAAGUUCGUUCCAAAAAAGAAAAACUUAGUCCUGAGUUCCGACAGCAGUUCAGACCACAUAAACUCAGAACCUUACCAUCAUGUACGAGCACAAAAAUUCUGCAGCAGAUACUAAUAAAUUGGAAUUUAUCGUCACGCUGUAACUGCAACUUCCAGUUCCUGGUAUAACCUUUGACCUUGGUAAAUUUAAAUCCUACCGUAAACUGAUUAGAGAGUUAAUUUAUGAAUGUUCUGUGAUCACUAAAGAUAGAAAGGUGACUAUUAUUAACUAGGCCUCCAUUUUUUGGUUUGGUUAAUAUUUUUUUUGCAGAACUGUCAAUGCAUGACACUAAGCAUUGAAUCCAAUAUUGCGUGCC